AUGUCAUUGGCUGUGCAGGCGCAGGGUUACAGCGUAGAACCUACAGCGUCUGAUUUUGGAGUCCUGUGUCUGAUGUCAUUGGCUGUGCAGGCGCAGGGUUACAGCGUAGAACCUACAGCGUCUGAUUUUGGAGUCCUGUGUCUGAUGUCAUUGGCUGUGCAGGCGCAGGGUUACAGCGUAGAACCUACAGCGUCUGAUUUUGGAGUCCUGUGUCUGAUGUCAUUGGCUGUGCAGGCGCAGGGUUACAGUGUAGAACCUACAGCGUCUGAUUUUGGAGUCCUGUGUCUGAAGUCAUUGGCUGUGCAGGCGCAGGGUUACAGCGUAGAACCUACAGCGUCUGAUUUUGGAGUCCUGUGUCUGAUGUCAUUGGCUGUGCAGGCGCAGGGUUACAGCGUAGAACCUACAGCGUCUGAUUUUGGAGUCCUGUGUCUGAUGUCAUUGGCUGUGCAGGCGCAGGGUUACAGCGUAGAACCUACAGCGUCUGAUUUUGGAGUCCUGUGUCUGAUGUCAUUGGCUGUGCAGGCGCAGGGUUACAGUGUAGAACCUACAGCGUCUGAUUUUGGAGUUCUGUGUCUGAUGUCAUUGGCUGUGCAGGCGCAGGGUUACAGUGUAGAACCUACAGCGUCUGAUUUUGGAGUCCUGUGUCUGAUGUCAUUGGCUGUGCAGGCGCAGGGUUACAGCGUAGAACCUACAGCGUCUGAUUUUGGAGUCCUGUGUCUGAAGUCAUUGGCUGUGCAGGCGCAGGGUUACAGCGUAGAACCUACAGCGUCUGAUUUUGGAGUCCUGUGUCUGAUGUCAUUGGCUGUGCAGGCGCAGGGUUACAGCGUAGAACCUACAGCGUCUGAUUUUGGAGUCCUGUGUCUGAAGUCAUUGGCUGUGCAGGCGCAGGGUUACAGCGUAGAACCUACAGCGUCUGAUUUUGGAGUCCUGUGUCUGAUGUCAUUGGCUGUGCAGGCGCAGGGUUACAGCGUAGAACCUACAGCGUCUGAUUUUGGAGUCCUGUGUCUGAUGUCAUUGGCUGUGCAGGCGUAG